UUCCGGUGCGGCGGCGACAGCGCGCCCCCGGCGGCUGCAGCGGCGGGAGCGAGGCGACCGCUGAGGCCGCAGCGAGUGACGGCGGCCAGGCAGACGGGAGCCGGGGCGGGGCGGCGGCGUCCCAGCGAAGGAGCGCGCGGGCGGCCUGGCCCCGCCCCCGCCCCGCCCGUCUGCCCGGUGACCUUCAGGGGCCCGGGCGGCGGGCGCAGGCCCCAGCGGCGGCGGCGGCGGCGGGAUGUUUGUGCAGGAGGAGAAGAUCUUCGCGGGCAAGGUGCUGCGGCUGCACAUCUGCGCGUCCGACGGCGCCGAGUGGCUGGAGGAGGCCACCGAGGACACCUCGGUGGAGAAGCUCAAGGAGCGCUGCCUCAAGCACUGUGCUCAUGGGAGCUUAGAAGAUCCCAAAAGUAUAACCCAUCAUAAAUUAAUCCACGCUGCCUCAGAGAGGGUGCUGAGUGAUGCCAGGACCAUCCUGGAAGAGAACAUCCAGGACCAAGACGUCCUAUUAUUGAUAAAAAAGCGUGCUCCAUCACCACUUCCCAAGAUGGCUGAGGUCUCAGCAGAAGAAAAGAAAAAACAAGACCAGAAAGCUCCAGAUAAAGAGGCCAUACUCCGGGCCACCGCCAACCUGCCCUCCUACAACAUGGACCGGGCCGCGGUCCAGACCAACAUGAGAGAUUUCCAGACAGAACUCCGGAAGAUCCUGGUGUCUCUCAUCGAGGUGGCGCAGAAGCUGUUAGCACUGAACCCAGAUGCGGUGGAACUGUUUAAGAAGGCGAAUGCGAUGCUGGACGAGGACGAGGAUGAGCGCGUGGACGAGGCCGCCCUGCGGCAGCUCACGGAGAUGGGCUUUCCGGAGAACAGAGCCACCAAGGCCCUUCAGCUGAACCAGUGCGUGGGGGCCGCCUCCUUCCCUUGCCGGAGACACGUGGGGCCUGGUCUUGAGGGGCUCCCACCCAUGUCGGUACCUCAGGCCAUGGAGUGGCUAAUUGAACACGCAGAAGAUCCGACCAUAGACACGCCUCUUCCGGGCCAGGCUCCCCCAGGGGCUGAGGGGGCCACCGCAGCCGCCCCUGAGGCUGCCGCAGGAGCCAGCACCACCGACGAGGAGGCCAGAGAUGAGCUCACGGAAAUCUUCAAGAAGAUCCGGAGGAAAAGGGAGUUUCGGGCUGAUUCUCGGGCCGUCAUUUCCCUGAUGGAGAUGGGAUUCGACGAGAAGGAGGUGAUAGACGCCCUCAGAGUGAACAACAACCAACAGAAUGCCGCGUGCGAGUGGCUGCUGGGGGACCGGAAGCCCUCUCCGGAGGAACUGGACAAGGGCAUCGACCCCGACAGUCCUCUCUUUCAGGCCAUCCUGGAUAACCCAGUGGUGCAGCUGGGCCUCACCAACCCAAAAACAUUGCUAGCAUUUGAAGACAUGCUAGAGAACCCGCUGAACAGCACCCAGUGGAUGAAUGAUCCAGAAACGGGUCCCGUCAUGCUGCAGAUCUCUAGAAUCUUCCAGACACUAAAUCGCACGUAGGUGGCGCCGUCCCACUUGGCUGUCCGGCCACAGCAGCCCCCUGGCGCGGCCGGAGACUGGGCAGAGCGGACCUCACCUGAAACUCACCUUUGGCAUCUCGGCCCUGGACUGUUAGAGGCGCCGCGGCUGCUCCCGCUCUCUGAUCUUAUUGCUUAUAAACUUCGGUGACGGUCGUGUGUAAAGCCGUAAUUUUAGCAUCUGCCAGGUGUUUACAAAAAAGUGGUUGUCGUGCUGGGAAGUGGAGUGAUGGCCUCCUCUCCAGUGCUCCUCUGGGCUCUUGAGUUGCUGCUUGAAUUGCCCCGUAGACGUUUGCUCGGAGAGUCCACGUGUUAUUUGACGGAGGUAGGUUUCAACCCAGAGUGUUAACGUCAAGCAUGCUACUUUAGUCACUCACAGAUGACUUUUCUUUAAUAAAAUCCCUUUUCCUAUUUCC